CGUUUGUUGCCGCUUAUUUUCGCUGCCAACGAACGCAACAACAAAACCACAUAGCGAAGAAACAAGAUUCUCCGGCCACAAACUCAACCGACGACAUGGCGGCGACUGUCUCACCGUGGGGAAAGCCCGGAGCUUGGGCUUUGGAUGCGGAGGAGCACGAGGCAGAGCUUCUCAAGGACCAGCAGGACCAGUCUCGCCACCAAUCGGAGCCCAGUGCUGACUUUCCGUCCCUUGCCGCUGCGGCUGCCACCAAGCCUAAGAAGAAGAAAGGGCAGUCUAUUCCUUCGUCGGAGUUUCAGACUUAUGGGGGUCCAAGGCCGGCCGCUCAAUCUACUGAUCCGAAGGGUCUUACGGCUGAAGAUCGAAUGAUGCUUCCGACGGGUCCUGGUCAGAGAACGGCGGAGGAGAUGGACCGUAACCGGCUUGGUGGUGGGUUCAAGAGUUGGGGUCAGAAUAGUUUGUAUGACAGAGGGAAUCGGUAUUCUAACUCGGAAGAUUCGCCGAAUUCUCGACGGAGUUCUAGGGUUUUUGAUGAGUCAAGGAGGAGUAAUGAUGGAUCUGAUAGAGAAUUCAGAAGGGAAUCGUUACCCUCUAGGGCUGAUGAGAUUGAUGAUUGGGGAGCCGGGAAGAAGCCUAUGAUGGGUAAUGGGUUUGAGAGGAGAGAGAGAGGAGGAGGUGGAGGUUUUUUCGAUUCGCACUCGUCGAAAGCCGAUGAAUCGGAUAGUUGGGUAUCAAGUAAGAGCUUUACACCUUCUGAAGGUCGGAGAUCAGGCGGUUUUGACAGAGAGCGAAGAGGAGGGUUUCCCACGAGCGGCGGUGGCGCCGAUUCAGACAAUUGGGGCAGAAAAUCUGAUGGGGCUAGAGCUGGAAUGGGUGAAAAUGGUGGUGGGGCUGAUUCGGACAAUUGGGGCAAAAAAUCUGAAGGGGUUAGAAGUGGAAUUGGUGAGAGGCCGAGGCUUAAUCUGCAGCCUCGUUCAAUCCCUUUGAACAACGGGAAUCAGGAGGCUUCUGGUGUUGCAGUAAAGCCAAAGGGGUCUAAUCCUUUUGGAAAUGCAAGACCAAGGGAAGAGGUAUUGGCUGAAAAGGGGCAGGAUUGGAAGAAGAUUGAUGAGCAACUCGAAUCAAUGAAAAUUAAGGAUACGGUUGAAAGGGCAGAGACAUCUACUGGGGCUUCGUUUGAAAGAAGAAAGGGCUUUGGAGUUCGAAGUGGUCGGUCUCCCGAUUCAGGAAGGAGUUGGAGGAAGCCAGAGUCUGCUGAUUCUCGUCCCCAAAGUGCUGAGUUGGUUGAAGAUGGACCUGCUGAGGAAAAUUGAAGAAGCUAUAAUAUGCAACUGAUACUGAAGUUUGCUGAUAUUCAUUAUUGAAAGCUCUUGAAUUAUUAACUGUGUUCUUCUAUGGCUACUUUGUGAGUUAUUCUCGUCCACCCCCCCCCCCCCCCAAAAAAAAAAAAAAAAAAAAGAUCGAACCAUACAUAUAAAUUUUUUUGUUCUGAGUGUUAUUGAUGUGGAUCAAGUACAGGACAUUGUGCAAUUUUGGUAGGUUUAUGGUAGCUUUUCUUAUUAGGCCUUUUUUAUUUGGAUUCAUUUCUACCUCUUGUUGGUGUCCCUGAGAAAUACUGUUCAACUGUACUGUUGUUACUAAAAUCAGUUUUGUGUUCUGUUGAGAAA